CCCAGCUUCAACAGAAUCGUGAAGACUUGUCAUAACCAUAUUUACGGCAAAAAUUUGAAAGCAGUAAUGGAUGAAAUGUUCUUUCAUCAGCCUCGACAACACGUUCUUGAUCAUCACGAAACGUUGCAAUGUAGAGUUGAAACAGAUUCGAAUAAAAAGAAAGCGAACUCGAAGCGAAUUAUUAUUGUCUGGGGCGUGGCCUUUUUCUUGGUGAUUUUCCUGGCCGGUCUUGGCUUAGGAUUCUGGAGUUGUAAUCUUAAAAAAGCGAUAAACAAAGGCGGGAAAAGGGAUAAAAUCAAAGAGAAAAAGACGAUGUUUCGACACCAAGAUAUUGCCGAGCUAAUUGAUAGAACACGAAUCGAGAAAAAUCUGAGGAAUCUCACACAACUUCCCCACAAUGCAGGUUCGCUGAGAAAUCGCGAACUUGCCGAGUACGUGAGAGACACAUGGCAGAACGAGAAUGGAAUCGAGUCGAAACUGAUCCGCUAUAAUGUUUUGCUGUCGUUUCCAUCAAAAGACAAGCUCAGCGCAGUGCACCUGAUCGAUGCCCAGGACCAGGUGGCGUUUACGACGCAGGUGACGGAAGAAGCGCUCGAAGCAUCGGAACGACAAAAGGAUAUUUUACGGCCUUUUGCGGCAUAUUCUCCCUCUGGGAACAUCACGGCAGACAUGGUAUACGUGAACUAUGGCAGGCACGAGGACUUUCAAUAUCUGUUGAAACACAACGUCAGUUGCGAAGGGAAGAUAGUGAUUGUUCGAUACGGUGAAAAUUUUCGAGGUGACAAGGUCAGGUUAGCUCACAGUUAUGGAGCUCUUGGGGUGGUCGUUUACAGUGACCCAGUCCCUAACGCCGACACUUAUCCGCGCACAAAAUAUCUCCCGUGCACCGGAGUACAGCGAGGAGCAUUUCGAAACGCGAACGGUGACCCCGAAACACCCGGAUAUCCCUCAAUUGAUGGCGUUUACAGAGUGGAUAAAAGCAAGCAAAGUCUUCCAAGAAUUCCAGUCUACCUAAUAUCGGCAUGUGACGCGUUGAAUUUCCUUGGAAAACUUCGAGAAGUUAUCCCUGCACCUAGUGCUUGGCAAGGUGGAUUGAAUGUUUCUUACAACAUUGGACCAGGAUUUCAGGAUGCUUACAAGAGAUGGAAAGUGCGUCUGGAAGUCUACAAUGAGGAAAGGCGGGAGGAUGUCUACAACGUUAUUGGGAUUAUACCAGGCCAGCUAGAACCAGACCGCCGUGUGAUUCUCGGGAAUCAUCGUGACGCAUGGGUAUUUGGGGGAGUGGAUCCAAGUGGAGGUACGGCAUGUUUGAUGGAAAUUGGCAGGGCACUCGGACUAGCAAUGAAAAACGGAUGGAGACCGCGUCGAACAAUUAUGCUCACCAGUUGGGGAGGUGAAGAAUAUGGAAUGAUUGGAUCAACAGAAUAUGUUGAGGAAUUCUUCCAAAGUCUCCGAGAAGAGGGAGUUGCGUAUUUGAACAUAGACUCACCAAUACGAGGUAAUUUUUCUGUCUUCGCAAAAUCAAGUCCUAUGCUGUACGACGUGCUCUACAAUGCCGCGAAGAAGGUGAAGAAUCCUGUGAAUAACGAUGAAACGGUAUUCGACCAAUGGCGGAGAAAUCUCCCAUCUAGGAACAAUCAUCCUAGGGUGGAUGACAUCGCAACAGGAAGUGAUUACGUUGCAUUUAGCCAACACGUUGGCAUGUCCAGCGCAGAGAUCAGAUAUGUCAGCGCAAAGGACAACUUCGGAUAUCCCGUAUAUCAUUCUCUGCACGACACUUUUCACUACGUAAAAACAUUCAUCGACCCAGAAUUCCACACGCAUCGUGCAAUUGCGCAGGUCGUGACGCACUCUUUGCUCGCGCUUGCAGACGACGAGUUCUUGCCGUUGAACGCUACCAAGUUCGCUGAACGAAUUAGUUCCGGAAUGAGAGCAUUUCUCGAGAAAUAUGGAACAGUACUGACGAAAUUCAACAUUACAGUUGGAUAUUUAAAACAAGCAAUACGGGAAUUUAAAAUGGCAACGGUUGAACUACAGAAGAAAAUUAAAGAAGUGAAUAAACGAGACGUGUUGACAGUGCGCAUGCUCAAUGACAGGCUGAUGCUAUUGGAGAAAGGUUUCAUUAGCGGAACGCACGUGUUUGGUCGUCAACGAAUGAGACACGUUUUGUUUGGAUUGGACAGUCAAAACUCUUACAAGACCGUGCAGUUCCCAGGAUUGGUUCACGCGUUGAUGCAAAAGACGCCAAAUAAAAAUGACAUCGAAAAGCAGAUGACAAUAUUGAUGUCUCAUAUUUACAACGCUGCAAACUAUAUAAAACUUCUGUAAAUAAAAUUUGAUGUACUUUGAUAUUGGAUUAUAGUUGCUAUGAAACAGAAAUUGGUGUCCUUGAGACACUUCAACUUUGAAUAUAGGAGGUGUAUAUGCAUGUAUUCAAAGAAUGUCGACGUUGAACGUUUAACUGGGGCACUCAUUGCAUUAAAUUGUUUGUUUGCAGAAGAUUCCU